AUGGAUUCCUUUUCCUCCUCCUUGAAUACUAGUGACUGUCUCACUUUCAAUAAUCUCACCCCUGAUGAUCUUGGUCCGGAAGCAUUCACUGUCAAGGCUCGCAAACCUGAAAGAGAGAUCAAAAUAUACGUCUCUGUGGAGCGCGGACCCAUCUUGACAUUUCAGGCGUACAAGUUAACUAUGGGCGACUUCAAUGCUAUUUUUCAAGAUCGAAUCGUUUACCGACUUGAUAGCCAAGAUUUACCCUGGAGUUUAUGUAUUUAUGACCCUAAGACCAAUACGGCUUCUCACCCUUUUGAUCUGCUGGCGUUACGCAUCCUCUUGAGUCUACCUCUAAAUCAUCAAGUCUCAGGCUUUGAUCGUUUGAUAUCAGAUGAGUUUCGUGAUGUUGUUGCUCACAUUAAAGAUCCAGUGAAACUCUCAAAAGCAGUGGGAGAGUUUGCUAGAUUGUCAGGGGCAUCCCAGGUACAUGCUGAGCAAAUCCAGACCUCUACGCAUGACACAAGGGACGCCCCCUCCUAUGAUUCAUUCAAAAAUCGACUAGUUGAACGAGAUCGUGCAUGUGUCAUAUGUGAUGCUGCUGGGACUGAUGAACCUUUUAUGUAUUCAGUGGAUUAUUCCUUACUGGAAGGUGCGCACAUCAUUCCUCUACAAGCAUUGACAUUGUGGAAGGCGCAACGGUUGUCGGAGUUCACUCAGGAUCCAUACACACAUCCUGACAAUCUCAGAAAUAAGCAGCGCUCAAUGAAUAAGCAUAUGGACGAUAUGCGUAUGAACUCGCUUGAAAAUGGCGUGCUGUUGUGCUUAAAGCAUCACAAGCUGUUUGAUCGGUCUGCCUUUGUGGUUCGACCCAAGACGCACGCUAUUGUUGCCUUGCAUCCAAGAUGUGCCGACAUUGACGGCAAGGUUGUUACGAAACCGUGGGCAUAUGACAAACCUAAUAUCUUUGCCCCUCCGAGCGACGAAAUUCUUGUCCGCCAUUUUAGAUGGGUUGUUUAUGCUGCUAUGAAAGCAGCAGCAGCUGAGGAUACAAGGCCAUUUUGGGAUGAUGAUGAUGAUGAUGAUGCUGAGUUUGAAGAUGAGAGUGAGCUCACAUCUCUGGCCUCGAAUGAGGAAUUGGCGGAUAUUCGAAAGGACCAAAUACUCUCCUAUUUGGAGAGUAUGCCUCACCCAGGCGGCACAGACGUGCAGGUUGAUGACUACUGUUGA